UACAACAAAUGGAAGACACGAAGAAAGAUGUUAAAUCCUGCAUUUCACUUUCGAAUUCUCGAAGAUUUCCAAGAAAUCUUUUAUAGAAAGUCGGAAACAUUAGUGCGAAUGUUAAAAGAUAAACGUGAAUCCGAGGUGUUUGAUGUAAUUCAAUUAACUUCACGUUGCACUCUGGAUGUAAUUACGGAAUCUGCAAUGGGGAUUCAUAUAAACGCUCAAGAUGAUUCCAACACCGAAUAUGUGCAAGCCGUCGAACGACUUACAUCACAUUUUGCUGAUUCGCUAAUGAAACCGUGGUUUUGGUUUCGUCCUUUCUCUUACUUCAACCCAUUGAUAGAAAUCAACAAAAAGUAUAGAAGAAUAGUCCAUCAACUCCACUUAAAGGUAAUCAAAGAAAGAACAGAAUUAAUCAAACGAAAUCAACACAUGGAUGAUUUUCAAGGAGAGGAAAAGACUUUAGGAAUAAAGAAGAAGCGAGCUUUUCUGGAUUUGCUUCUGUUUCAUCACCUGACAAAUGGAACUCUCUCUGAAAAAGAUGUCAAAGAGGAAGUCGACACAUUUAUGAUUGCUGGAUUCCCUUCUGUAACCAUGGGUAUCGGAUGGACUUUAUAUCUUUUAGGAUUGCAUCAAGACAUUCAAGAAAAGGUGUUUGAGGAAUUGAAAGAGAUUUUCGCUGAAGAGGAAGAUAGAAUGAUAAAUACAGAAGAUUUAAGAAAGAUGAAAUACUUGGAAUGUGUAAUACAGGAAUCGAACAGAAUUUAUCCACCUGUUCCAUUAAUUCUGAGAAGAAACGUUUCAGAAAUGAAAGUAGGAGACAUUAUAUUACCACUAAACUCUUCCAUUAUGAUAUGUAUUUAUGCACUUCAUCACAAUCCGACCGUCUACGAGAAUCCAGAAAUUUUCCAUCCGGAUCGAUUUCUUCCAGAGAAUUUCCAGAAACGUCAUCCGUACGCAUUUUUACCUUUUUCUGCCGGUCCACGUAAUUGCAUCGGUCAAAAAUUCGCCACGAUGGAGAUGAAGACUGUCCUGGCCAACGUCAUUCGAAAUUUUAAAGUUUAUUCAUUGGAUUCUCGCGACAAGAUGUUCGAAAGUUUAGAUACCAUUCUGCGACCAAAAUUUGGAAUAAGAAUGUAUAUUGAACGGCGAUGAGGUUAUGGCGUUUGCGUGUGACAUUACCACUAUUACUUGUAAAAAAUGAAAUGAUUUAAUGGGUUGAAUUUUAUGACUAUUUGAUACACUUAUGUACAGUACGUUGUGUGAAGUAUUUAUUAGU